UUUGCGGCGAGUGCAGGGCGUGGGCGGUGUUCGUGGUUCCCGCUUUCAACCCCAGUCCGGACGCUGCCGCCCGCGUCUUGGUUUCUGAGCAGGCCCGGCCCAGCCGGGAGCGACACCGAGACCCUGGCUCAGCCACCGCCGCCGCCGCCGUCGCAGGCGCAGACGUCGCCCGGGCCGGUCAAGGUGGGCGCCGUCUCCAACCGCCGCCUGGGCAGCGUCCGCGGCGCGCCCAAGUCAUCGCCUCCCGGGCGCCGGGCCCGCCUGUCAUCCCCUGGGUCCAACCGCGCAUCCGAGGCCCGCGAGGAGCUGCGGCGCCGCCUCCUAGGCCUCAUCGAGGGCAACCGAGUGAUGGUCUUCAGCAAGAGUUACUGCCCGCACAGCACGCGGGUCAAAGAACUCUUUUCUUCCUUGGGAGUUGAAUGUAAUGUCUUGGAACUUGAUCGAGUCGAUGAUGGGGCCAAUGUUCAAGAAGUACUGUCGGAGAUCACUAAUCAAAGAACCGUGCCCAAUAUUUUUGUGAAUAAAGUGCAUGUGGGUGGAUGUGACCAAACUUUCCAGGCACACCAGAGUGGCCUGUUACAGAAGCUCCUUCAGGAAGACACGUCAUACGAUUUUGACCUCAUUGUCCUUGGCGGUGGUUCAGGUGGCCUCGCAUGUGCUCAGGAAGCUGCCAUUUUGGGAAAGAAAGUCAUGGUGCUGGACUUUGUGGUCCCAUCCCCUCAGGGCACCUCCUGGGGGCUUGGCGGUACUUGUGUAAAUGUGGGCUGUAUUCCUAAGAAACUGAUGCACCAGGCUGCCCUUCUGGGGCAGGCAUUAACUGACUCAAGGAAGUUUGGCUGGGAGUAUAAUCAGCAAGUGAAGCACAACUGGGAGACCAUGACAGAAGCAAUUCAAAACCACAUCGGCUCUCUAAAUUGGAGCUACAGGUUGUCUUUGAGGGAGAAGUCUGUGGCCUAUAUCAAUUCCUAUGGAGAAUUUGUCGAGCAUCAUAAAUUAAAGGCAACCAAUAGAAAAGGACAGGAAACUUGUUAUACAGCUGCAAAAUUUGUCAUAGCAACAGGUGAAAGGCCACGAUACUUAGGAAUCCCAGGAGAUAAAGAAUACUGCAUUACUAGCGAUGACCUUUUUUCUCUGCCUUACUGCCCUGGCAAGACGUUAGUAGUGGGUGCGUCUUACGUUGCCCUGGAAUGUGCAGGGUUUCUCGCUGGCCUUGGCUUAGAUGUCACGAUUAUGGUGCGCUCAAUCCUUCUCCGUGGCUUUGAUCAAGAAAUGGCAGAGAAAGUGGGUUCCUACAUGGAACAAUAUGGUGUUAAGUUCAUAAGAAAAUUUGUGCCUGUGAUGGUUCAACAGUUGGAGAAAGGUUCACCUGGAAAGCUGAAAGUGGUGGCUAAAUCCACUGAGGGACCAGAAACUAUGGAAGGCGUAUACAACACAGUUUUGUUAGCAGUUGGUCGUGACUCCUGUACAAGGAAAAUAGGCUUGGAGAAGAUUGGUGUCAAAAUCAAUGAGCAGAGUGGCAAAAUACCAGUAAAUGACAUGGAGCAGACCAACGUGCCCUAUGUUUAUGCUAUUGGAGAUAUUCUGGAGGGUAAAAUCGAGCUCACUCCCGUUGCCAUACAGGCAGGCAAGCUGCUAGCUCGAAGACUUUUUGGGGGCCGUUUGGAAAAGUGUGAUUAUACUAGUGUUCCAACAACAGUGUUUACUCCUUUGGAAUAUGGCUGCUGUGGAUUAUCUGAAGAGAAAGCUAUUGAAAUGUAUCAAAAAGAGAAUCUAGAGGUAUUCCAUACUUUGUUCUGGCCUCUUGAAUGGACAGUAGCUGGCAGAGACAACAAUACUUGUUACACAAAGAUAAUUUGCAAUAAAUCCGACAAUAAUCGGGUGAUAGGAUUUCAUAUUCUUGGGCCCAGUGCCGGUGAAGUCACCCAGGGAUUUGCAGCUGCAAUGAAGUGUGGGCUCACAAAGCAGUUACUGGAUGACACAAUUGGAAUUCACCCCACCUGUGGUGAGAUACUCACCAGUUUGGAUAUCACGAAGGCGUCGGGACGCGACAUCACCCAGAAGGGCUGCUGAGGCUAGACCUGCUGCUGGCUGGUUCUCCUUGUCAUAUUCCCAUUUCUUUCACGAGCACUUUCGGAUAAAGUGGGUCUGUGCUCUUGGCACCUGCUCUGUUUUGUGGGAACCAGUGUGGACCUUUCUUUACAGCACGAAGACAACGUGGACAAGGAGGCAGGACAGCAGCAGGCAUGUAGGCAUGUGCUCAGCAGGCUCGGUGGGCUGGAAGAGGCAGCGACACUGCCUCCUUGACGUCUGAGCUCGGAACCCCAUUGUGAGGUGAGCUAAGACUGACGCUCUUCCAAAUCAGAGCUGAGCUUCUCUCUGAAAGACCUUUGAAUCGCACAGUUAAUCUAAGUAACUCUUCUGGUUGCUAGUGUUUUUAUCCUCUUGCUUUGUUGUUUCUGUGAAAAUAUACUGUCAGUUAGGAAAUGGACUAUAAAACAGUCUUAGAGUGUGCGGGCCUGGAAUCCACACAUGGCUGCUGGUGAGAGGUGUUGUGGCAGUGCCCUAGAGUAGCUGCUGCAGAGGACUGGGUGUGUGAGGAAGUCGCACAUGCUCUGUAGUCUACCGGCUGUUCCUCCUUUAAGUACACAUUUGCCCACUGUCAGACACCCGCCUUGGCCACGCCCUGUCCCGGUUUCCCAUGGUGACGACCUUGGAGUCCCUUCUCUUAUCAGUGUGCCCCAAACUGAGCAGAUUGUCUCAUGUCAGAGAGAAAUGCUUGAAUUUCUUUUUCGUGUUGAUUCUAACAGGAAUAUUAAAAGUUUUCAAUACUGUUAUUAUUUGAAAUUUCACUAAUUUGAAACUGUUUAAAAUGAUUCAGUCCACUACUGUUUAAUUGUAGUGAAGUUCAGUAAAUGAACAGUUGCUAUUAUGAGAUCCCAGUUGAAUUUGUACCCCUGGCACAGUCUAAAAGGCCUUCGAAGUGGGAGGCCUAGCCAAGGUCCUUCUGGGAAACCUCUUGUUUCCUUGGGGAGCACACCACAGAGCAGCCUGACCCAAGGCUCUCAGAUAGCCACUGCGCUCCUGAGCAGCACACGAGCCAUCACCCAGUGCCAUAGGAUUGGAUGGUUCUGCGGUCAGAAUUUUGGACAUACCUUUUUAAAAGAAAAAUUUUAGCCAAUAAACAAUUGGUGAACACCUUCUGUAGAUGGGGCAUUUUGCUCCCCUCUCUGGAGGCAGGAGUGGAACACAGCUAGAGGUGGGUGGGGGACCCCAAGAUGACUGACAAAGGAUCCAGUUUUUUAAUUGCUAUGUUAUUGGGGAAAGUAAAAUACAAAUGUAACUCUCUGAAAAGUAAGGCAGGGUGUAUUAGUUGCUAUAACUGAGGUAGUAAGAGCACAGUGGGAAACAAAGAUACUAAUUUCCAUGGGAAUGGGGAUAGGGUUGGGAUAGCUGAUCUGAGUUUAGUGGAAGCAGUUACAUUUGAACUGAAUCUUGAGGGACAAAUAGGAUUUCAAUGAUUUGAAACAUUAUGGAGAGGCUCUGAAUGAUGCUUUCAGAGGAUUCAACUAAAAUACUAGAUAAAAAUAGUUUUUAAAAUCUCUUUUUGUUACCAUAUUGCUGAGCACCACAUGGACACACAGAAUCAAUGGUUUCCAGAAACCCUAAUGAAGUGAAACCAGGAACCGUGGAAGUCUUGAGAGCUUCUGUUUUUGUACUGAGCAUAGAGCGAAAACCUAAAGCCCAGGAUUGCCUGGGUAGAAUUUCAGGUCGGAAACCUUUUUAUAAAACUGGGGCCUUAAUGAGCUGUACCCCCAGUAGAGAGUGAGUGAAAAAUCCUAUGCCUCACAGAGAGAAGCAGUGAAAAAACGUGCCUGUCUUCUCAUUGGCAUUUGUGGAAGGAAAUAACCCACCCAGAGGAUUUAUAGCUACUGUCCAGGUAACAGACUAUCAGGAAGGUUAAUUAUCUUCCCUUUGAAAAGAGGAGAGAAGGCUGAGAUCUGAACCCGUCUGUGAUUGGCUCCCUUAUACAUUCACCAGCGCUUCAUCUCUUUCCUCUUUUCUACUGUCCUGGGAUAAAGAUGUUUUUAAUUGUAAUAGAUAGAUUUUUACCUGGCAGAUAAAACUUGAAUACAUCUAAAACAUAUAGAUGCAUACAGAUCAACAAGGAAAAACUGACAUCCUCUGUUAUAGUAAAGAUUUUAAUUUGCCUCAGUUAUUAGAUCAAAUACCAAAAAAAGGUCAUUAAAGGUACAUAUUUAAAUAGCUCAGUUAAGAAGCUCAAUUUAAUGAACUUAAGAAGACUACAUCUAACAUGAAAAUGUACUCAUUUCAGGCAUAUAUGCAAUAUUCAUGAAAUUUGCCUGUGCUAAGCCAUAAGGGCAGGGCUCAACAAAUUUCAAAAGUCUGGUAUCAUCAUGUAAGGAUGCUGCAAAAGGACUUCAGCUGUGGGACUAACACUAAGAACCCGAACCUUCAGAUCCAUACAGUAUGAAGGAAAGUGGAGUACCGAGGUAGUGUGAGUGAGGGGUUAGGGGGAAAUCAAACUGGCAGGAGCCAGGUUAGAGCCAGGAACCAGUCAGAAGAAGCUGGGAAUUAUGGAAAGAACCUAAACUUUGAAGAAUGAUAAGAUUUGGGAAUACCUGGUAUUAUGACUCAUGAGACAUAUGUCAUAAUAAAUUACUUAACUUUUCCUAGUCUGCAUUUAUUAAGUACAGACUAUAUUACCUGUUUCACAGAUUUAGAACAAUUAAAUACAUUUGUUGAGUUCCUGACACGUAGAACCUGACACCUGGUAUAGGGUAUCUUGGCUUCUGUGAUGACAAGUCAGGGCCCUUUCUAAGGAAUGCUCCUGCAGACAUGGGGCAGGUGCCCAUGCGUAGGCGGGUAGGGGAAAUCCCGGCACACAGUGCUUCAGCAGAGCUCACUGUGGUAGGCAGCGUCCACAGCUCUGGGUGGCCACAUCCUUUUGUAGUCCCCUCCCGUGUUGUACCUAGGUCGGUCUGUGUGACUAGUGGCAUAUGGCGGAAGUGAUGGUGAGUCGCUUCUAAGAUCAGGUCAUAAAAGGAUUGCAGCUUAAGUUUUCGUGACUCUUGUGCACUUUCUUGGACCACUUGCUCUGGGAAAAGAGAGCUGCCAUGUCAUGAGGUCUCUCAGGAAGCCCGUGGAGGGGCCCAGCUGGUGAGGAAGUGAAGUCUCCAGCCAACAGCAAGAAACUGAGGUCUGCCAGCAUCCAUGUGAUUGAGCUUGAAGUGAAUACUUUCCUAGGCAAGGCUUCCUAUGCCAGCAGCUUGACUGCAAUCUCUUGAGAGACUUUGGGCUAGGUCAGUCAGCUCAGCCACUGCCAGAGUCUGAACCCUCAGGACCUGUGACAUAAUAAAACAUUCGUUUUUCAA